AUGGCAGGAGGGUUGGUUGAAGGAGCUGUUCUUGGAGCAGUGUUUCAAGAAUUUACAAAGCCAAUCACAAACCAGAUAUCCAAAGCUUGGAAUUUCAGAAAAACACGAAAAAACCUCGCCUCUGAUGUGCAUCGCAUCACGACAGCAGCCGAACAAAUGAAACUGUUGGACGAGAAAUUGGAUCGUCCAACAGAAGAGACAGAGAGGCUAAUACAAGAAAUUGAACAAGGGAAAGAAUCAGUUAAAAAACUCUCUAACGUCCCUUGGUGGAAAUGUUGUUGUUUACCUUGUUAUCAAGGAGAGCUUCAUGAUAAGGAAGAGAAAAUUGCUAGAUACACUAGUCUUGUUAUCCCGAUUACUACGGCAAGAGAUGUUAAAGAGACACUGUCCAUAGUUACAGAUAUGAAGGGGAGACAAUUUAACAGGUCUUGUGAUCCUCCUCUAAAACCUUAUUUCACUGUUGGGUUGGAUUUUCCUUUUAAUCAGUUGAAGAAUUGGCUGCUCAGUAACGAUGGGUCUGUACGCGUGUUAACCGGCUUGGCUGGUUCUGGGAAAACCACGUUAGCUUCGUUGCUAUGUUGGGAUGACAAAGUUAGAGGUAAAUUUGGAAAAAACAUUUUGUUCUUCACUGUGUCAAAAACUCCAAAUUUGAAGAACAUUAUGCGGAAUUUGUUUCAACAUUGUGGACAUGAUGAGCCUUGCUUCGUAGACGAGGAUGAUGCAGUCAAAAACUUGAGAAGUUUGCUAACCAAAAUCGGGGAAAGUCGUCCAAUGAUGUUGGUUCUUGAUAAUGUUUGCCCAGGCUCAGAAUCCUUUGUUGAGGCAUUUCAGGUUCAAGUUCCGGAUUGUAAAAUUUUGAUAACUUCUAGAGUUGAGUUUCCACGGUUUGAAACAUCAUUCUUAAGGCCGCUUAGCCUUGUCAACGCGAUUACCCUUUUCCGUCGCUUUGCACUGCCGAAUGAUGGGAAAAGAGGAACUUAUGUUCCUGAUGAAGAAUAUGUUCAAGAGAUAGCAAAGGGUUGUUGGGGUUCUCCACUGGCCCUCAAAUUGAUUGGUGGAUCACUCAGUGGACAACCUAUUGCGGUGUGGAAAAAAAUGGUGAAUUUGUUAUCCAAAGGUCAUUCUAUUGUUUUUUCGAAUAAUGAUUUGCUUAAUCGCCUACAAAAAGUUUUGGAGGAUGCACUGGAAGAUAAUCACAAAAUCAAGGAGUGCUUCAUGGACCUUGGAUUAUUUUUUGAAGACAAAAAAAUACCUGUUGCUGCUCUCAUUGACAUGUGGACAGAACUGAACAACCUAGACCACGACAACAUAGAGGGAAUGAACAUUGUUCAUGAUUUAGACAACCUGCAUUUGGUUAAUCUUGUAGUUGCAAGGGAAGUGACGAGUCACGUUGACAAUUACUACAACCACCAUUUUCUUACCCAGCAUGACCUUCUUAAAGAGAUAGCUAUCCAUCAAGCCAGACAGGAACCGUACGAGCACAGGAAAAGGUUGAUUUUUCACAUGAAGGAAAAUAGUUGGGAUCAACAGAACACGCAAAACACAGUUGCUCACACGUUGUCCAUAUCAACUGACAAAAUGUUCACCUCAGACUGGAGCAAUAUUGUGAAAGUUGAUCAAGUUGAGGUUCUGAUCAUGAAUCUUCAUACUGAUAAGUAUAUCUUACCAGAUUGCAUAAGGAAAAUGACUAAACUGAAAGUUUUGAUAAUCACCAAUUAUAAUGGUUUCAGCUUUGCUGAACUAGACAAUUUUGAGAUACUUGGUCGUCUACCCAAUCUUAGAAUAAUCAGAUUGCAACAGGUUUCAGUUCCUUCCCUUUGCGCAUUGAAGAGUCUGCGAAAGUUGUCCCUUUACAAUUGCAAAACAAGACAUGAUUUUCAAAGUGACGCUGUUUCAGUUUCAGAAGUUCUCCCACACCUCGAAGAGUUGUGUAUUGAUUAUUGCAAAGAUUUAGUAACACUUCCUGUUGGGCUUUGUUAUAUUACUUCCCUCAAGAAGCUCAGUAUCACAAGAUGCAUAAACUUCCUUGCGCCGCCGCAAGAAAUUGGAAACCUCGAGAACUUGAAAGUAUUAAGACUUAGUUCUUGCGCUGAGUUGAGGGAGAUACCAGCUUCAAUUGGAAAUCUUCAUGAGCUGCAUUUUCUUGAUAUAUCAGGUUGUGCAAGCCUUCACACUUUACCAGAAGAAUUUGGAUACUUGCAUAAUCUAAAAGAGCUUCACAUGACUGGUUUUACAACAUUGCCAAUGUCAGUCACAAAACUUGAGAGUUUAAAGUAUUUAAUAUGUGACCCAGAGACUGCUGAAUGUUGGGAACAUUUCAAGUCUAGCCUUCCCAAUCUUAAAAUAGAAGAGGCUGAAGUUAACUUAUUCAUUAUUGUAUGA